AUGGCCGACGUUGUAAUGGAGGCAAGCCCGCCCACGCAGACGCGCCGCGAGCACCUCGCCAAGACUUUUGAGGCUUACCGUGCUGAGCUGGAUGCCUACAAUGAACGUCGAGAACAGGUUAUCAUCCUGAGUCGCGCUAUCACUCAGCUCUCUAAGAAGCUCAUUUUCCACCUGCAUCGUGGUGCGACUGGAAGCGAUUCCGCGCGCGCAAAGAAUCUCAAGGAGGCCCGUGUUAAGGAGCGCACAAUCCAUAAGAACUUCGUCGCGGUCGCCACUGAGCUCGCGGCUGCCGAGGCUGACCCGGAGGCGACGACUGCGAACUUUUGGAAGUUCAGCCGUCAGGUUUCCGCGGGUCUUGAGGAGUACAUUGAGGCGUACUCGUUCCUCUACUAUCUCGAGACGGGCGACCUCGUUUCACUCCCUCAGCUGCAGAAGGCGCUUAUAUCGGACGACACUGGUGAUAGCCUCGUGGUCAUCACACCAGAGGACUACAUCCUGGGCAUGUCGGACCUUACUGGCGAGCUGAUGCGCUACGCGACGAACGCGCUCAGCACGGGCGAUCACAACACGCCCCUCGCCGUCUGUAACUUUGUCCGGGUGGUAAAGACUUUGUUCGACGGUAUCUCCCCGUCCAUGCUCUACAAGCUCAGCAAGAAGCAGGAGGAGACGACACGCUCCCUUGAGAAGAUCGAGAAGGUGUGCUAUGCCCUGCGGCUGCGCCUCAUCGAGUAUGGCGACAAGCCCGAGGUGUUGGCUGCCAUGGCCAAGCGCGCUCUCGAGGACAGUAUGACGAGCGGGGGGAGUGGAGCCGAGCGAGACGCGUAAUAUGUUGUACUUGUGCAUUGCAUGGGCCGAUGUGUGACACGAUGAGGGCCAGUUAGACCAAGUCAAGUUAUGCCAUGCUGAA